AUGUGGAAACCGAAGGGUAGAAUGGAAUUGAUCGCGCUAGAGAAUGACUAUUUUUUAGUCCGUUUCGGUAUUCGGGAUGAUUUGGAGUAUGCAAAAUAUGAAGGCCCAUGGAUGAUCCUUGAUCAUUAUUUGAUUGUGAAGAAUUGGGUGCCAAAUUUUGAUCCCUUUGCAGAUUCAACGGAGAAGGUGCUUGUGUGGGUGAGGUUCCCCAAUCUGCCUGUUGAGUUCUACAAUCUUCUCUGCCUCCGGAAAAUUGGUAACAAGCUUGGACGAACAGUGAGGGUGGAUCACACGACUAGUCUGGUAUCUAGAGGGAAGUUCGCUAGGGUUUGUGUGGAGAUUGACAUCACUAAACCUUUAAUCUCUACGUUUACUUUGGAGGAGAAAGUCUGGAAGGUUGCUUAUGAAGGAAUUCACCUUGUCUGUUUUGCGUGCGGAAUGUAUGGCCAUCGACAGGAGGCAUGCCCUGCGUCUGCGGCUGGAGUGACUGCUGCUGGACAGGUUGGCUCUGAGGCCCCUCCACCGCCAGAGCCGGGCGCAAGACCUCAUGGGAGCGUUCCUCUGGGGAAUGUUACGGGAACAGGCAUUCCUCCACGUACCGGCUCGUACGGCUCGUGGAUGCUCGUCACGCGUACUGACCGGCAACAACAGGGACGCUAG